CAGACGCACUUGACUCCACACUGCCUCCAACCUCCAACUUUCACCCGCAAACAUCCAAACGCUCGAUCCCCAAUUCCCCAUCCUCUAGUCGCCGCCCCGCCGGCAGAUGCCGUCGCCGCUCUGCCGCUGCCUUGAGGCCCCGGCGUCCCCGAGGCAGCUGGCUGCCCUCGCCGACGACCUCCUGGAGGAGAUCCUCCUCCGUGUCUCCUGCCCCGCCGACCUCGCCCGCGCCUCCGCCGCGUGCGCCUCCUUCCGCCGCAUCGUCACCGACGCCGCCUUCCUCCGCCAGUACCGCUCCCUCCACCCGCCGCUCCUCCUCGGCUUCAUCGAGAAAGUGUCGUCUGGCUUCCACCCCGCCGAGGCGCCCCACCCCAACGCCACCGCCGCGCGCUCCAUCGCCCACCCCGCCGCCGGCUUCUCCUUCGACUACCUCCCUCCCACCAGAUGCAAUAGGAAACCGUGGGACGCCUGCGACGUGCGCGAUGGCCGCGUCCUUCUCAAGAGCGGUCCCGUUGGGUAUACGGGCUUCAACUUCCCCGACCUCGCGGUGUGCGACCCCGUUUUCCGGCGGUACCGGCUGCUGCCUCCCAUACCCGACGACCUACUCGCCUCCGUCCACAUCAAGCAGCAAAUUUUUCCAUCGUUCCAGGCCUUCCUUGUUCCUUCUGGAGAAGAGGAGGAUGGGACAUCAUUUAGAGUGAUCGGCAGGGCAUAUUGCGGGAUCAAGUCUGCGGUAUUCGUCUUCUCUUCAGGCUCUGGCCUAUGGAGUGUCGGUACCACGUGGGACGAUCUUAACUUAAGAGGCUCGGUACUUCUUUGUCGCUCUUAUGCGUAUGGCUACAUCUACUGGAAAGUGAUGCAGGCCAACAAGUUGGUCAAGCUCGACAUCAACAGGAUGGAUUUCUCCACCAUCGACCUCCCGUCUCACUAUGAUGAGCGGAUGUUAUCAUUGUGGAGGCAGGAAAUGGCACGCUUGGGGUGUUUAGCCAUAUUAAGUUUCGCACGGCUGCUGUGUAUCAUGCCAUUCAGCAAAAGGAGGGAGAGAUUGCCGAUGGAUGUAUGUUGGAGAUUAUAACCCACUUACCUGUCCAUUAUGAUUUUGGCUUGGUUGGUGCAGGCGAAGGGUACGUAUUCUUUGUAGGCUUUCCAAAAGAUCGCAUGGCAAAUGCAGCAAGCUUCUCACUUCAGGUUAAGACAUUGAAGAUUGAGAUGGUCUGUGCGAUGAAGUUCCAUUCAUGUAAUAUUCAUCCGUAUUUUGGGUACCCACCAUCCAUGUCACUGAGAAGGAUUGUUCUCGCAUGUUGCAGGGCUAAAUCGCAUCCAGGUCAGGGGCUCCUUUUUUGAUAUGCUGGUGGUUUGGAGCAGUGGAGCUAGGUGAUGAUGAUUCAGGCUUUUGUGUUCACUUUUGCUAGGUGCUCUAUAUAAUCCUGUACUCUACUGAUAUUGUCUGUCGAACCCUGCUCAGUCUGAUGUAGGUGUCAAACUUAGUUGUUGUAUAUAUUUGUCACUGAUCCAUGUUGCAUGCAUGAUGUACUUAAUUCUGUGCAUCAACUAUCGUGGGGCAACGGUUGUUGGCUUGUAUGUAUGUUACAGAUUUCUGUGUGAACCUGUGCUUCUUGUCUAGGAUGAUGCAACAAUCUAAGCUUUGACUUAUUGGA